CAAUGCUCUAGUGGUGCUUCAUCCCCUAUGGCAUUUUGCAGUAGUGGGGGCUCACCCCCACCGGAGAAGUAGUACAGUCUGGCAGGGUGCCAAACAUCCCCCAGAGGCAUGAGGAUUCUUAGAGUCAUGCUAUACUGAAAAGACACUUGAUCAAGAGAACUCUGGGAGAAGCAGAAAACCCUGUGCCAGGGACAGGAAAGAUAGGAGAAAGAAAGUUUAUCAGAAUUUUUUAAACCUGUCUCAGAAAUAACAACAUAUUUUAAUCAGAGAUUUAAAGGUAGACAAGCAAUGGUCAAGAGAAGUGCCCAAGCAGAUGGGCCUGACUGCCACCUCACAGAGUUCCCAGCCCCUCAGAAGAGUGAAACUCCGAAGUGAUUUCAUGGACCUCAUGGAGGGCAUAGAACUAUUUAAAUAGACCAUCAACCUUAAAGUCCAGAGAUGGAACAAAGAGGAUGCAGAUGCACAUAUCUCUACCUGAGCACCUGUGCCACAGGCCACCAUGGAUCUGCUCCUCGAUGCCCUUCAGAGUCAUGAGAGCACAAGCAAUAGCAGCUCAGGAAGCAGCAGCAGAGGAGACCAGAAAGGCUGAAGCUUCAGAGAUCACCUGCCAAACACAGGCUGAACCUGACAGCAUGUCACACCAGGAUGUUGCUAUGAGGACAGAUUCAUCAAAAAUGACUGAUGUGGAGUCUGGGGUCGCCAAUUUUGCAUCUUCAGCAAGGGCAGGCCGCCGGAAUGCCUUACCAGACAUCCAGAGUUCAGCUGCCACAGAUGGAACCUCAGAUUUGCCCCUCAAACUGGAGGCUCUCUCCGUGAAGGAAGAUGCAAAAGAGAAAGAUGAAGAAACAAUACAAGACCAAUUGGAAAAGCCUCAAAAUGAAGACAAAUGAAGGCUCAUAAUCUAACAAGAGUGCUGAAUUUCCGCAUGUUGAAAGACUUAGUGGUUCUGUUUUCCUGAGACAUUUAAUCUGGUGGUAACUGUGGUAACAUUGCAGCCCUAAGCAGCAUUUGUAUAUUAGAUAAUUGUGUUGUGAUGCUACUCACUUUGAUUGCAAUGAUGAUGUCCAAUGUAAGCUAUUAAAAGGCAGGUUACUUCCAAAUCGCACUGAAGGAAAAGGUUAAGAAUAAUACAUGAUCAUGUAAAUGCAUACCAUUGUCUGUAAACCCAACAAAAUUCACUGUUCUCUUUUGGAUUUAUUUAGCCUGAUGUAUUUUUAAUUCGAUUUUUAUGGUGAUAGGCAAAUCAUUUCUUGGUAAAUGUAAAUCAAGCACGAUUGAUUUAAAACUUCAUGGAAUUUGUAGAAAAUUAUGGACUUUUUUUGGUGAGAAAGAACAAUGGUCAAAACUCACAUGGAUAGAAUGUGUUUAUUUUUAGCCAAAAAUGCCACAGACUUUUUCCCAAACUUCAAAAACGAUUUGGAAAAACUGUAAAAGUUUGAUAACAGAAACAUCUUUAGGAUAUUUUUGUCUGACAUAUUUUGCUUCUAGUAUGUGCCUACUGUGAUUUUUUUCAUGUGGAAAAUGCAAAAUUUGUAACAAAAUGGUUAUAUGGAACAUGCCUAUUAAAUGAAUUUUACUAUCUUCCUUAACUUUGGUAUGUGUAUGUGUGUGUGUGUGUGUGUGUGUUUUACUUUAAUAUGAAUUAUACAAAAUACUAGUUGUUUUACACUCUCUUUUCUUAUUCUUAGGGCUUUUGUGUAUGUCUGACUUGUUUUUAAAUACCUUCCUCAGGAAUGCAGACCUUAAUUUUUAUAUUUUUGUAAAGUAGCUAACAUAGCAGUAGGCACUUAAGCAUUUAGUCAAUGAUGUUGGUAGAAAUAGUAAAAUACAUCCUUUAAAUAUAUAUCUAAGCACAUAUUUUAAAAGGAGCAAAAAUAAAACCAACGUGUUAGUAAAUUUUGAUUUAUUAGAUAUUUUAGAAAAAUAAUAGAAUUCUGAAGUUUUAAAAGUGUCAGUGAUUAUUUUCAUUUUCAGAAAUAUAUGCAUGCAGUUAUAUUUUAUUUGAUUGUUGACUUAGGCCAUGUCUGUAUACAGUAACCAAAUAAACUCUUUCACUAUUAAAGAGAUUUGUUACUGA